AUGGAAUCAUUACUUACUCAGAAGUUGGAAUUGUGGUGUCUUGCUUUUCGAGAUGAAACCAUCAGAGGUCACAACACCAAUAACUUCUUAGAAGUGGCCAUAAGGAUAUUCAAGGAUGUUCUAUCACAAGUGAAGUCGUAUAAUGUUAUUACCUCACUGGGAAAUUAUUAUAGCAGAAGAUUGAAGAAUAGCUUGAAAAAUGGACCAAAUUAUUUACAGAUGCUUUGGGAAAAAUUUGAUUCUUCUGAACAAGUUUUGGAAAAAGCUGCAAGGUUUCUCGAAAAAAUAACAUCUGAAGGGCAGUGGGAAACAAUACUGGCAACUCUAAGUAGUAAGGUUCCUCUAAACAGAAAGGCUGGAUUAGCUAUAAGAGUGCAACCUACAUCCAUUGCCUGAACACCUGUUGGAAUUACAAGAAGCAGCAAACGAGUAUCAUGUGGUCAUCCAUCUAAAUGGCUUCUAGUUCCCAAGAAAAGAAAGCAUAAC